AUGCCGCUACACCCGCCUCUCAACCCUUCUACAUACCUCUCAUCUCGACUCCCCCCCUCUCGCAUCUCCCACCUUGGUCCGCACGCUCACCCCGCCCGCCCAGAUCUCCCUCCUCCCCGUCCAACUUCGGCUCCUCUCUCGCUCUCGGUCUCUGGCUCAUCCCCUCACUCGCGAUCUUCAUUCGCGGCUCACGGCCUCGCCCAUCAUACCUCGCUCUCUAGUCACCCACCCUCCCGGUCCCCCCCGCAACCCCCUCUUCCGACUCCUACCCGCUACCUCCACCGCAUGUCCCCCUACACACCGCCACCCUCUCCCCAACUCCCCCUUCCCCCACUCCCCGCCCCCGUCCCUCAACCGUACCCCUCCCCCCCAGCUCCUCCCCUCGGCCAACUUACAAUCAAACGCACUCUAGCACCCACUCGCUCUCCUCUUCAAGGACCCAUCGCAAUAACAACACACGAGCGCUCAGCUACCGGUCCGCUUCCCUCAACUCAUCGCUCUCCCCAACUCCGCUUCGAUCUCCACUUUCCCCAACUCCCUGACUCGCCUCACCUAGGCCACGCUUUCCACACGUCUCGGCCUCGUCAUUUCCCACAACUCCUUAUCCGACUCCCAGCUCUCCUCACAUCCCCAACCCUCUCUCUCUCGUCAGCUCAGUCAGAUACCUCGUACUCUCAAAGGCUCACUAUCGCCUCCUCCUCCUCCAACCCCUCCUCGAACCCUCAGGCAGCUCAUCUCCUCGCUCCUCAUCCCCAUCGUCACACCCUCGCUCUCUUCCUCCCUCCACAUCCGGCCACACAUACGGACACUAUCUUCCCUCAGCUCUCCUUACGUCUCCGCUACUCGCUCUUCCCUCUCGAUCACCAACUCCUAAGCUCAGCGUCUCACCAACGAGUUCAAACCACCUUCCCUUCCCGUCCUCUCGCCCUCAACUCGAUCCCUCAUCCCGGUCUCUCGGUCCAUCCCCUCGCACUGUCGUCUCUGCCCGCACGUUCUCUGCCAUCGGCUAAGCUCCUCUCCUCACCUCUCUGCCUUCCACUCGCCCACGGCCCCUCUCCCACCGCUCUCCAUCGGCUCCGUGUCGCAUCUCCUGACUCGCAUCUGCGAACAAGAGAGCCUCCUCACCCUUCUAUCACGCCCCGGCUCACCUCCCUCACGGGUCCCCACUCCCCUCCGUCUCCCCUCCACAUGCUCCCCCCCUUCGCCUCCGCUCUCCGCCUCCCUCCGCAUCACUCUCGGUGCUCCCUGUCAACUCUCGAGCCCCUCCGCCUCUCCAAAACUCCUCAGGAUCGGUCACCUCCCUCCUCAGCUCCAUAUGCACUCACCUCAUCUCCCUCCGCCUCUACGCUCAAUCCCGCCUCGGCUCGACCUCCCCUCGGACCCUCUCGGCUCGAGCACUUCCCUCAGCACCACCUCGCCAAAAAAACCUCUCUCACCUCAUCGCCUCUACAAUCGCAUCACACCUCUUCCCAAGCCUCCGCCACCUCCCCGGACUCGCCGCUCUCUCCCCGCUCUCCGGUAGGCUCUCCAUCACCCAUCCGUCCUCCUCCCGACGCUCUCACCCACUCAUCGCCUCAUCUCCUUCUCCGGUCCACUCAUCCUCAACCUCUCGCCCCGAGCUCCAACUCGCUCGUCGUAUCCUACCGGAUCUCUCUCCUCAGCCUCUACCUCUACACUCCGGCAUCAUUCUCAGCUCCUCCCCUCUCUCACCUCACCUCCGCUCAUCCCCGCUCAUCCUCCCCUCUCGUCAACUCGUCCUCACGCUCCCCCCCGCCAUCUCCUCCCUCCGCUCACUCUCUCUCUCUCUGUGCUCCCUCGUCUUCUCUUCGUCUUCACUUUUAA